GAAAGCACAUUUCAGAUUUGGAGGAAAGAUUAUGAUUGAAUUUCAAGUAUUCUAGAAGAAGAACAUCUCAAGCGAUUCAACCAUCUCAGACAGGAAAAAGGACUUUCUGCAUCAAAAGAGACAUAGUAGGAAGGAUUGCCUGAAAAGACCAAUUUCAGUCAGACAAAUUCAUCUCUUUUUGAUUCUGGAAACAAGUAUUGAACAAUGAAUGAAACUCAGCAUUCAAAUACAAGUACCACAUGCUCUGAUAAAGGGCUGGAUAAUGAAGUGCUUGUUUUUGCCAUCUUCACUAUGCUUUUUUGUGUUUUGGGGAUGUUGGGGAAUGGAAUUGUCAUCCAAGUGCUUGGCUUCUGCAAGAGGAAUACUUUUGCCAUUUAUAUCCUCAACUUGUCCUUUGCAGACUUCGGCUUGCUCACAAUUGAGCUGAUUAUAGAAAUACAUUGGCUUGUGACACACUUGUACUGUGACUUUCCCUAUGAAUUGUUCCAGACCAUCUUCCUACUGAUGUACAGCGCUGGUCAGUUUCUACUGACUGUCAUCAGCAUUGAUAGGUGCAUCUCUGUCCUCUUCCCAGUUUGGUACCGAUGUCACCGGCCAGGGCACUGGUUCACCACAGUGUCUGCCCUCAUAUGGCUCAUCUCCUUUAUUAUGAGUGCCAUUCACCUCACUCUCAUUCUUAAGAAGGUAUUUCGCAACACUCCCGUGAUGCUCCAAUUUAUGGUAAAUGCGGUGCUUUGCCUCCCUCUCAUGACCAUCUCCAGCCUGAUCCUGUUCAUCAAAGUCUACUUCAUAUCAAAACAUCAAAGACGGGGAAAACUUUUACUCGCAAUCCUGCUUACUCUUAUGUUCUUCCUGAUCCUGGCUUUUCCACUGAAUGUAUUUUACUUUAGCAUUUAUGUUGGCCCAGGAGUACACCCCAACUUUGUGCAUUACGGUUACUUGUGCACAUGCAUAAACAGCACCAUUAACCCACUGAUCUAUUUCAUGGUCGGGAGACAAAAGAUGGGCAAAAUUAAGAAGACCAUGAAGGAAAUACUCCAGAAGGUUUUCAAGGAGGAAGAAGAGAUUUCAGAAGAAAUGGAGACCUCUGAAUGUAAAAUAUAAAUGUUCAAAAGGGUGAAAGUUAUCAUUUCUGACAUUAAAACUAUAGCAAGUCAUUCUAGUUUAUUCCAAGUCAAUAUAAAUAGUACUGAGCUGUAAUGACUGUAGCUAUUUUUGGCCAAUAUCCAUUUUGCAAUUAGGAUAUGCAUAAAUAUUCUGCCUUAGCUUGCAUAUACAAUAUACAGUUACCUUUGUGUGGCAGCACUGGAUCCAUAGACUGGCAUUCUGCUACUGACACAGCCAUGGGUUGUACUACACUUGCAAAGUGGUGAAGGGAAAAGACAAUACACAAUUAUUGUGUCUAACCAAUGGUGAUAUAUGUGAAGUUGUGAAUGUUUGAUCUCCAUGCAUGUAGUAGUACAUUACAAUGCACAUGGCAGCUUGUGAAUGGGCACAGGCUUUGAACAUUGCAAAUGCACAAUUUUUUGUCAGCUAAAACAUUAAUCAUUGAUCCAUAUACAUUGGCAUUCAGUUUAAGGACUGCAUAAUGUAACCCCACUGGUUGAACGUAGUAUGUGUCCUAACUUCCUGUACCAAGAAGCAUCUCAUGUCUUUAAUAGGCCAUGUAGUUACUGUUGUGCCUACCAUAUGUUUUUGAUGACAUAUCCCAUCAUCCCAAGUCUAGCAGAUCCAGUAAGUCCCAUCUGCUUUAGAUAUCAGCACUAAGCAGUGAAGUGUCAGGAGAUUAUGAUUCAUAACAGUAUCUUGCCCAAACAUAUGUAGAUGUUUCCUGAGCUUGAAGAGAGAAAGAGAUAUGUGUGAUAACAAUAUCAUGUUUUUAUAAAUUAUGCAGAAAGAGUAACAUUUCUCAAAGUUUGCUUGCCGAAAGAUCAUGUACCAUUCCUCCAUUAUCCAGCAAAAACAUUUUCUGUCCAGACAGAUUUUCAGCAUCUAAUGUAUUUGAAGCUAUUUUUUUUUAAUUUGGUGAGUACAUUUCUAUUGCCUUUUUAUGUGUGUAUAAUUACUUUUUCAUAUUUAUCUCUUGUAUUUUUAAUGUGUGGUUUCUAAUAUUUUAACUGUAAUGCUGUAAUGAGCUUUUUAUUAUAUAUAGUCAUAUUUUGUAUAUAUUGUAUUUUUACUAUUCGCUGUCCUGAGCAUUAAUAUGUGUAGAUAUGAUAAAUUAAAUAUGCAUUCAAAAUAAUAUCUGUAUACAUAAAUGGCUAAUAAAGCAACAUGAGAAGAUUCUUGUGAACAGUUUGCCUAUGAAAACCGAUUUAUCAAGCUUCCCGUCAGCUUUU